CAAGACAACAUGGAGGUCACAGCUUUCUACAUCGCACUGUUGACUGUGAUGAUCCUGCUGUGUGCACAGGAUCAGGAAGUAGAUGCAGCUUUUCUUCGUAUUGCUCCAAACAGACUGCAGUUUUUUGAAUAUGAGUCAGUCACUUUGUACUGUGAUGGAGUCUUUUAUUGUGUUGUUGAACAUACAUCAGUUGGGGAGACACCUUCGUGUUGCACCACUACUGACAGAACAUCAAGAGGACCUAACUGCACCAUUGAAAAUGUUUUUCAAGUUGACUCUGGAAAGUACUGGUGUGAGGAAGGAGGAGAGAGAAGAAACAUCAUCAACAUCACUGUCACUUCUGGUUCUGUGAUCCUGGAGAGUCCUGCUCUUCCUGUGAUGGAGGGAGAAGAUGUGACUCUGAGUUGCAGAACCAAAAUAUCUUCCUCCAACAUCCAAGCUGAUUUCUAUAAAGAUGGAGUCCACAGGAAGAGCAGUUCCCCAGGAACUCUGAGCAUCAGAAAUGUCUCUAUGUCUGAUCAAGGAUUGUACAAAUGUGACAUCUCUGGAGUUGGAGAAUCACCUCAGAGCUGGCUGACUGUUAGAGUUUUUUCUAUCGUUGAUACAAAAGAUACAGAAGAUCACGUAUAUUCUAACCCUGACUCCUCGUCCGCUAUAAGUACACCAUGGAUCAUCAUCGCCGUCUUGUUGACACUUUUCUUGUUAGUCGUGGGACUACUACUCUGGUUUGGCAGAUUUGCCUGUAGAAGAGGCUCUGUACAGGCCAAUGCAGCCGCACCAAGCCAACCAAUAUAUACUGCUGUAUCAAAGACCAGGAAGAAGAACGCAGCAGAGUCCAGAGUUCGCUCAGCAACACGAGACCCUGUUGACAAUGACGUCUGCUAUUCUACAGUUAAGUAUGUUGCUAAGCGUUGACUGAAAGGAGGAGCUCCGUGAUCUACAUGAAAACCAGGAAGUGACACAAUUAGAGCCAGAAUUGUUGUAGUUACUGUACAAACUAAAAAAGAAUAGUUGACGUGUGUAACCCGUUAACCAACGUAUCAGAGAGGUUUCGGUUUAUUUUCAUCAGGCAGUUUAACCAACUUGUUCCAUCAGCCUUGUCUGUUCACACAGUUUCUCACCAGAUGAACUCUGCUGCUGGUUCUAGACGUGCUGCGGUAAUCUACGUAUCUGAAGGGUUGUAUUGCUUUUUUAGGUUGUGGUCAGCAACAAGACCAGAGUUUAUUGUGAGAGUUUCAAAGAUGAGAAUAAAAGUCAUGUGCUACA